UUUAAAGCGGAAGUUAAUUCUAGAAGAUGGUUCGGUAUCUAGCGUUCGUGUUAUGUGUACCUCUCUGCUUUUCUUUGGAUCUCUUCGAAGUUUUCCACAGAAACAUAAAGGAUGUUGAACAUGAAGAAUUCUCAAAAAUACUUUGUGAACCUUCUUCUUCCUCCAAAAUAUAUGGCAUGCCCCAACAUUUGAAGUGCAAUUUGAAUUAUCGUGGGAAGGAAAUAGAUCUGAGUCUAAAUAGAAACCAUCACGACAGAUAUCGUCUGCCUGUUUACUCAAUGACAGACGGUAGUUUUGAAGAGGAAAUACUAGAAGACCUUCAGACCAAGUCCACAUCAGUUGCCUUCUACCAAAACCAUGACAGCACAGCAACAUUUAAAGUCGAAAAGAUUACCAGCCAAUCUUCCGUUCAUUUUACUCUGACAGGUUACAUGUUCAGAGGAAUGAGGCACGUAAUAAUUCACCCUGUACCAGGACAAAUUGAGCAUAGGAUAGCAUUGUCACGUCAUAAUGAAACCAAGUUUGAUGUUGGAGAGCACUUGAAGAAACCUCAACCUACAAGUGGGAAAGCGGUACCAUCUGACGCUAACACCUCUCGUCUCGGUAUAAGGGCGGCACCACAUGGCACCACUAACGCUCAGCUCAACGUAGCAGAGAUUCUCGUCAUGGUGGAUUACAAGUUUUACAGCAAUUUGGUUGUUAAUGAGACUGGAUUCACACACGCUACAUCUGCUGGUGUGGCCGCUUUCCUGAGCGAGUACAUAGCACUCAUUUUUGACAGUACUAAUAUCCCGUAUAGAAAUCUAGCUAAAAGUGGAUUACACAUUCUUCUAAAGCCGGUUGGAGUAAUAGUUGCAAAGACAAAAUCAGCAUCGACAUGGACAGAAAAGAAUUUGAUGACAUCAUCGCCUUUUCCCAAUAUGGUCAACGCCUCGCUUGCUUUAGAUAAUUUCCAUGACUACAUUGUUGGACACAAGGCUCUUCCCCCUCACGACCACGCCAUGCUUUUGACAGGAUAUGAAAUGAAGGAUAGCACCAUUGAGAAAAAUAAUUACACGGAUAUUUUAGGUAUGGCGUCCCUGUCAGCGAUGUGUGGAUCUUAUUCUCAAUCCAUCGUUUCCUCCCAAGUAGAUUUUUCACCAGCUUUUACCAUUGCACAUGAGCUUGGACACAGUCUAGGGUCAAAACAUGACGGACAGAAUAACACCUGCCUUGAGGAUGGUCACGUGAUGAACUCCACUCAAGCCCGGAACACGUCGCUCGUUUGGGAAUUCUCGUCUUGUUCCGUAACCUACAUUAAGACUUACCUUAAUAAACUAAACAGGUCCCCUCAUAAUUGUAUGGUAACUCAGGAAAACCACGCCAAUGACCACAAACUGACCGUCCAUGAACACGAAUGGUUCGGUCAGAUCUACUCCGCAGACCAGCAGUGCCAUCUCUUCCUAGGUCCUGACUCCUUUAUGGAGAGGGACGAGUAUAACUAUACUGGAGCCUACCAGACAGCCUUCUGCCUACAGAUGGUGUGUUUUGAUCCUUUGGACGACGACUACAAUAGGUAUGCCGUGCCGGGAGAUGGAACAACCUGUGGUCAUCAAAAGUGGUGCAUGGCAGGAGCUUGUGUUCACCAGCCAACUCUGACACACAGCAACGAUGUGUGCCCCCAGGGAGAUGUUCCUGAUCGCUGGUUGAGAAUGGAUUAUUAUGACGACGAUCAGGUGAUGCAGGCGUUCAACUUCACCUCCUCCUGUAAGGCCUACAUACAAAACAGACGAGAACAGUGCUACAUUCCCAAAUUCAAAUAUUCUUGUUGUCAGAGUUGCAGUAACAUGGUGUCUUAUUCCAAUGGUGCUCUUCCCGCUUCUGUGUACAACUCUGUUCUCCCAGAGGACUCUCAGUGUAAGCAGACGUUUGGCAGCAGCUCCUACUUCUGUGGAAGAAGGAUUUACGCAGACAACGAGACGGUUGACUUCUGUAGCGCAUUAAGAUGCUAUAUUCCUCAGGACGAUCUGUGUCAUUAUAUCGCGGCACAGGACGGUACAAGGUGCUCCUUCAACAAAUGGUGUGUCGCUGGAGCUUGCGUGGAUGACCCUAGAGCGUUGCUUCCUCUUGAUUACAGUGCGACCCCAAGUCCCCAGGAACAAUGUCAAGUAUCGUAUGGUUCUGAUGCCAAAUUCUGCGGGAAUACGGAUACAUAUGCCGAUAGUUACCACGCCAUUUGCGAAAAGCUGUAUUGCAUCCUUCCAGAACAAAAACUUUGCCAUGCUAUAUUUGCUUUAGAUGGAACUCCUUGUGGUCGCAAAAUGAUUUGCAGGGAGGGGUCGUGUGUUCAUAGUGAGCAUGGACUUGAUCUUCCUGAUAACUGCCUAUAUGUAGACAAGAGUACUUGGUGCCCACAAAAUAUCAUGGGGCCAGAUACGGCUUAUAAGUGUUCGUUUGGACAUAACGCGGACCUCUGUUGUUUUACCUGUCAGAAGUAUGCCAACAUGUCUAUGCCAGGAAACUUGAAAAGAGUGCUGUGCGCAUGCGUCUACAUAAUGACGCUUUUAUUACAAGCUUGUCCUUAUCCUGAAGGAACGACGGAGAGGACAGCCGUUCCAUCUGAGAGAUCCUUGCGUUUAAAAGUCGCUGCAGAUUUCUUUCCUUCUAAUUCAUUAUUGUUGUCCGAAAAUGGAAGAAAUGACUCAGCGUCUGAAGCACGAUUCCAAGAGGUAUUUAAAAACAUUAGAAAACAACUUGAAAGAUGUUUUAAAAACGGGUCUUUGAUGUCUGAAUGCCUUCUCCUAGUUCAACCAAAUACCACCUUCAAAGUAGGUAAAAAGGAUAACUCGUUGGAUACUUUUUUCAAAGAUUUGUGUUCCUCAACUUCAUCCGAACCCCCAAUUGGUCGGAAAAAUUCAACUCGAUACAUGAGAACAAGGUCGGAAAACUACAUUCCCCACUUUUCCGAGAAAUUUGACUUACUGACAUUGUUAGCUUCGACUUUUUCUGGCUUAGGAAUCAUUUGUAACUUAUCAACUAUUAUAGUGAUUUUAGGGAAUGCAAAGCUUAGAAAACCAUUUUACUUGAGUAUUCUAAGCCUAGCCGUUGCUGAUGUAUUGUAUCAGGUCAAUUUUAUUCUCAAUGAAUUUCUAAAACUUCCUUCGAGUAUCUGUGAAACUUUAUGGUAUAAAAACUUUUUUGAUUUAUCGACAUACACAACGAAAAUGUUUUCUUCCUUGAAAUUUAUGGUACUUUUAACAUUGAGAUACAUCAUGUUCGUGCAUCCAUUAAAAUGCCGUGCCUACGUCACAAAUCGUAAAAUAUAUAUCACUGCAGGUAUUUGUUUGAUUAUAAGUAUUGCAUACGGGGUCCUUAUCGUAGAAGUACUAUGGUCUCUGAACAUACCUGGAAUGCAUUUCUUGUUCAUAGCAGAUGACGGACUCAUGCUCUUCGUUAUCGUCGUUCUUAACAUCUAUUUUGUCGUCAAUCAAUGUAAAACGAUCAGAUCAUCGUUGGCCGCCAGGAAUUUAGAAAAACGGAUGAUGUUUAUGGUUUUGUUAAUUCUUUUUCUGAGAACUGUCGGCUCUAUAUUUUCUAUUGUUCAAAGCACCUUUUCACAUGGAACCAGGACGGAAUCUGCUUGGAAUUUCGAUGACGAUAUCAUUAUGAUUCAUGCAUGUAAGGUGUUGAGGGUUCUUAUUUACUCGGUAAAUCCAUUCAUUUACUUCUUCAGCUCUGCGCGUGUGUUAAAAGUAUUUUCGUCUUGUUUCCGAUGUCGUAAUGAGUGACGUCUUCUGGAAGAUUUCAUUGCUGCUUAUACGCACAGUUAACUAUUUGUAUGAUGAUUCUUUGUAUGUUGCUUAACGUCCCUCUCCAGAAUUGUUCCUGCAUAUGGAGACGCCACUACUUUCGACAGCUGCAAAUUUUGGCCUAUGCUCGGCACCUAGGGUCAUUUAAUAAAAGGGGUCUUUUUCGUGCAGGAACCUACUGCGACCUCAGUGUAUACAGUCUCGUCCGAAAGACCAUUCGUCAUGUCCCACAUUAGGGUUCGAACCUGCGACGUAAGGAUCAAUUCCUUACUUCGCGAUUCUAGAGUACGAUUUAUACAAGUUGGCGAUACACAAUGUCAACAACCCUACUAGAGUCAUCAGAAUGCAAAUAAUGGGAAUGUUAUGACGCACAUUGAGAUGCUUAACACUAAAUUUUUGUAUGAUUAAUGUGAAGAUUUAUCAUGCUUAAGGUAGCUUUAAGCAAUAUUGAUCGGAAUCGGAUCAAACUGAAACUAAGAACAUUGGCAGAGGGAUCAGGUGCCAAGAAGGAUAUCAUAACCUAUUUAGUGAACUUCCGUUGUCAUUUCUGAUAAUGUAUACAAAACAUUUUUAUGGACCGAGAUUGAUAGAUCCGAGGCGUAUAUUGUUUUUGUCUUUUCUGUUCGUUUGUCUUUUUGUCUGCAAACUUUAACCUUCACCAUUACUUUUGAACCAUGAAACAUAGAGACUUCAUAUUUGAUAUACAUACUGCACUAAUUAAGCUCUUGCAAAUGACACCAAGGUCAAUGACCUUGUAACCUUGAUUGUGACCUAUAUGCUUAAAAUAGCUUUUUGUCUGCAAACUUUAACCUUCGCCAUACCUUUUGAACCCUGAAGGAUAGAGACUUUAUAAUUAGUAUGCGUACUCCAUUAAUGAAACUCUUCCAAAUGACACAAAGGUCAAUGACCUUGUGACCUUGACUGUAACAAUAUGCUGAAUAUAGCUUUUUUGAAC